AUGGCGCCUCAUCUAAUGGAUCUGCCACUGGCCAAAGUUUCUAGCAUAACGACCUCAUCAGUAACUCAAUCAUCUCCUACGGUCUCCCGCGUUGAGUUGGGUAAUUCAAAGAAUACGGCGAUUUCCACUUCCACCAAAAUUCCAUCACCUCCACCUAAGGAGGCAUCCACGACUUCGGCGCCCUCACGUCACAACAAAACUACGCCUAAAGUAUUCCCACCUGUUAGCAAACUUAGCCAUCCACCUAUAAUUUUUGACCUAGCUGACGCUACUGCCGGUCUUUCGGAACCCAAGAAAACUCUUUUUGGGGCUUGGCAUGCAAAAGCUGCUGCAACUGGUGGAACAUUGGUUGUGCAGCAGAGGUGGAAGGACCAAGAGCCUCCUGCAGUACUACGUUACAACAAAGUUCCUCCCAAAAUGGUCGAGGACAUGGAACUGCGCUACGAUCCUGAAAUGAAGAUUUUCGAGGUACCAGACGAUAUCUGUGUUUCACCAUCUCAACUCAGUGGUCUUGACAGCGACUCUUCGGACGAGGAGUCAUCGCAGUUGCCCCCUGCUAACCAACUCCAAAAUUCUCUUGGAUCCUCGGCCCAACCCGGGUCCGUUGUUCGUUGCGCCUGUGGUUUCACCGUUCAGACUUGCCGAAGAAUACAAUGCACUACCUGCAAGUUGUAUCAGCAUCAUGAUUGCAUGGAAACGGUCUUCAGUGACUCGAAGUCAUCCGUGGAGGAUGCUUCGGUAGGCCAGGUUUGUCAGUCAACAGUCUUCAGCCAGCUCCAGGCCGGAAAUUACAAAUGCUAUAAGUGUUCCUCCCGCACUAUCACUCCUACUCUGCUAGAAAAACUGCGGGUCAAUAUGCAACAGCGUCUGUCUGCAAAUCUGCUGUCUGGCCUGGAUCAGGGUAAUCUUCACACAGCAUCUGUGCCUCCAUGCAGUAUGAGUAGUGCCCAGGUUUUGGCCAAUGCUACCGACAGAGCGCGCCAACUGGGUCUUAUUGUAGAUUCCCACUCGCUGGCUUCGGACAGACUUCAUGGAGAUGUUGGUGAAAUCCCUUCCACAUGCAGUAAACCGGGUGAAGACGGAGUCCUUUGCUGGCGUGAGGCCGAAGACCCCGAUGUAAAUUUGGCCAUACCAUCUCCACCGAGAGCUUCAAAACGCAAACAAGACCUGAGUACAACUUCGUACGCUGACUCUUCGACGGUUAACACUAGAAAGCCCCCCAUUAGUGGUCUGCAGGCCUGCAAGUCGGCUGACUCGCUCUCUGGACCGUCCACACCCAGUACUAUUGCUGUUGGGGGAAGCAGUCAGACGCCUGAUUCACUGACACCACGAAGUACUCCGGGCAAGUCUUAUCCGCUCUCCUACAACAACAACCUCCGCAUAUACUCACCGACCACCGCAGAUACUUCUGUGGCGGCUGGCGCAUCGUCAACAACAUCAGAGAACGCGACUCCGGAGAACAGCCCCCUUGUUCACCGUCAAUCUGCCAACUUGUCCGCAAUUGGGCAUCGGAAGCGACCCAGACGCUCCCUAUUUUUGGACCUUCAAAAACAGCGGUCGGAAAAGCGCGCUCGAGAAGCACUUCCGAAUAGUUUUGGAGCAGCUUGGGCAAAGAAUUACCAGGAGGCCAGCCGCAGUACAUACACAAACGCCCUAUUUUUACGUAUUGCCGAACGCAUUGCGUCCGGUCGCGAGCGUGAUCAGCGUCUUCCGCCAACGUGCCUUGAUAGGUCACCGCUCUGCCGCUUAGUCUUAUUUGAUCACAACGAUAAGGGUUUGGAAUCUUCCGUAUGCCUCUCGCGAGGAGAUGUCGUCACAGAACUGCGUGGAAGAAUUAUGCUUAUGGAGGAAUAUGAACACUACGUGGAUCCGACCGCCGAGUACAAUCGUUACGUCAUUUUGUACAACGAUUUUGGUGAUACCGGGGUUGCCAUUGAUGCAACUCAGUUUGGUAACGAUGCUCGCUUCAUUCGGCGUUCAUGUACACCCAACUGCAAGCUCGACCAUUUCAUCGUUUGUGGCAAGAUGCACAUAGUUAUUCGGACGAUCCAAACUAUUUCACCGGGUGUGGAAUUAACUAUCCCCUUCGAUGUGGAUUACAAAUCCUGUCGCUACCCACUGGACUGCGCCUGCGCACGUUCACGAUGUCCUGUCCUCAAGUGGCGACGCAAAUUAGUCCGCAACAAGGUCAUGCCAAACCUCGAUUACAGCAAGUGUAUCAAUUCCAAGCUAAAGGAACUUUCGAAACUGCUAUCAGAUGAUGGCUCACACGGAUUCGCGCAACUUGAUUUCUCCGGUUCUGCCACGAACUCGCCGGCCAAGAGCGACACAAUGUCGCCAAGUUUGACUCGAAGACCCGUUAUUGGUGCAGCCGCUCUCCUCAGCCCACAGCGUUUUAGCAUGUCCAUGGAUCUUCCCUCACCUGCUGGCCUGAAGACUAAUCGUUAUUCAGUCGCUUCUACCGGGUCACCAUCGUCGUCGACAGGCCGUCAGCUCUUUUCAUCCCCUACCCGACCUUCGUUACCUGCGGAAAAGGCUGCAGAUUCCCCUAAUCGGAAAACGUCGACUGAACUUACUGGAGAUAAUAAAGUGAAGCCUAAAUCCCCUAGACUUAUGCCUCCACAGACCCCCACCAAGGAAGUUUCAGUUCCACCGGCUCCAGCUCCAACAAGUGAACCAGCUAGUGCCGCGGCACUUGAAUCUGAACCGUCUUGGUCUCUUCGUCCCCGCAAACGUUCUUCACGCCAAUCUUCUGGUAAGGAGGACUCUGGUGAUAGUCGAUCAAAGGCUCCCGCUAGCGGAUCCGUUGCUCCGGUCAGUUGCGGGUCUUUGGUGUUCUUUCUGCAGUGGCUUUACGUCUCGUUUGAAUUUAACACUUAG